UGCCGCUACGGAGAGCGAGGGGCAUAACAGCAUCCAUUGCAUCCAUCGGGAUGACGUUGCUCAGAAUGACGUCGUCGAUUCGUCACACAUCACGAUGCUGAAUCAGUGUCGACUACGGCGGGGUUCACAACACGAUGGAAUAUAAAUAAACUUCUCUGCACUCAACAGAGUCUCGCCCUCUUCAUCUUCAAGCAUCAGCCACAGCUAACCUCCAAGACACCUCAAACACUUCAACACCACAAACAAACCACCACAAAGACAUCACAAUGCCUCGCAACGGAGACGGUUCUUCUGACAACGGCCCUUUCGAGGCUGUCGACCACAACAUCGCCCACGGUGUUGGCAAGCCUGACUCUGACCGUGUCGACCGCGCUGACAAGACCGCUGACCUCCCCGAGGGCAAGGACGAGCAUGGCCAGGGUCUCCAGGAUGCUCCCGCCAGCGGAGGCCAGAGCCAGGGCAUCAAGCAGGGCAAGGAUGUCGGACAGGGCAACUAGAAGCACAGAUCUUGACGUCUGGGAGGGAAUGAGAGAACAGAGGAUGAAAGAUACCUAAUGACUGCAUGGGAAAGUGAGUCAACGGCGACCACAACGAAGUGAAUAUAAAGAAAUGAACCACAACACAUGUUUGCGAGUUCCAUGCUAUUGAUGCUGUGAUUGAUGUGGGCGGAUACGUGAACUCGCUGAGUCUGUAAGUCGUCCCCCGCGCUGGUGCUUCUGCAGAUGCAAACUAAGUCUGGUCCAGGAUGAAAGCUCAUAACCAAGGGUCAGUGUGACCAAUUGGUGCCGAUGUGGACCUUGCAAGUUCAUCUCGGGUGUAAACAAACUUGACAAUUACACUUCAACAAUUCCAAUGGGUCGAUCGUCCAAGUUUUUGUUACGCCAGCCAGGGCCAUUCGGGAUCAUAGCAAUGCUCUCGGCCAAUUGAGUUUCGGGUGGAGGAACCGUACUCCCAGAAGAGUCUAACCCAACAUUGAUCUGCAAGACAUCGAGAUCGAAGAGAUACCCGGCGGGGAAAUUCAUUUUCGACCACAAACACAAGAUAUAUUCUACAACAGUAGACCAGCCUGCAACAAUAACACAUGAGUGGAUCUUCAGGUCCUGUUCAUCGGUCUGGUGGUCUAGUGGUAUGAUUCUCGCUUAGGGAAAACCCUACAGCAUAGCUUGCGAGAGGUCCCGGGUUCAAUCCCCGGCCAGACCCUUAACUUUUGGUGUUUUGUCCCUGGUGGAUUUCGCUUUUGUGUCGCCAUGUUCUUCUUUCUUCUUCGUUGUUGCUGCUGGUACGGUGGCCAUCUUCUUUUCAAUACAACAGGUCUUGAGAACUGGGCAUAGUGGUCUAGGCUUUAUGUUUAAGUCUCUGCUUAUGCUUUAAUAUCAGUCAGCCUUGAACUAUAUCAUACAUAACCUCAUAUAUCCCUUUUUUUUCAAGGCCGUCAAUGCUCCAGGAGCAGGUUACAUAUUUGGGAUACUUACCUAUCUUAUCUUGAAUCUGUCGCGUGAUAAAUUACCUAUAACUGGUGGUGAAGUUGACCGUUCCCGUUACGGAUUAGAGUGGCUGCUCAGGGUGUGAUUCGUUGAGCUUAAAUCAGCCUUAUUUCAUAAUUCCAGUGCAGGUGAACGAUGCCAUGUGUUAGACUACGGAAAUGAAGGGAUAUAUCAGAUAAUUACCAAAGAGAAGUUCUUGUGCG